UGCCUCUGCAAUACUCCACGCACCAUUUCCGGCUCUGGCUCUUUUUCUAGUCCUGGUUCUGGCUCCGGUUCUGGCUCUAGCUCUAGCUCUGGGUUUGGUUCUGGGUCUGACUCUGGCUUACCUUCGUCUGGCAAAACACUCUUACGCUUCCGGCCACGUUUUCCCUUGCCUUUAACGACAUCUCUCGCAGCACGCGCGGCUCGUGCUGCUACGAUAUCCUCAAAGCUCAUUACCUUCCCCUGGCCCUUCCCAAGUACAAUUGACUUGGUCGAUCUUCGAACUUUGGCUUCGCUGUUUAUUUUCUUUAAUAGCUGCUUUUCAUGAUCGAGGAGGGCACAGUAGGCUAUAGCUUUCUGGCCGGCAUUGGCAAGCUUCUGUAUACGCCUCUGGAGUCGAAGUGUGCUUGUCUUGUCAAGUGUAGAAGUAUCCUAUUGGAUCAUAUUAUGCAACGACAUAAAAGCCUCUGCUGAAACUGGCGUUAUAGGCGUUUGUGGUACUUCGUCUAGCAGACCAGAAUCCGUCCUUAUCUCCUCCGGUCCCGGCAUAAUCAGUUGAGCAGGAGGCUUCGGUAUACGUCUAAGAACUCUAUCUCGGUUGAGCGGAAACAAACCAGUUAU